UUACGCCUGGCUCAUCUUCGUUUCAGUGGCUUUGGAGGCAGUGGCUGAGAAUCUAAAGCUCAAUUUUGGUGAAGAUAUUUCUAUGGAACGCGUCACCAUGGAACAGAAGAACCUGAUUACCGAUCCCAUCACGGAGGACUUCGCAUGGGACGUCGUCUUGGUGGGCGAUGUGCUCUAUGAUUCUGAAUUCGCAGCAGAGGUGCUGGCUUGGUUAACACAAGUACGCUGCAGAGGCAUCAAGGUUUUCCUGGGAGACCCUGGGAGGAGCAGCUUCCGGGACGUGACUGCCCGACUCAGUAACGGUGGACUACAGGAGGCCACGCGAGCUGCACCAGCAGAAAUGAUCACUGAAUCUCUUCAUCUGAUCCGCGUGGGGAAAUAUGCCUUACGAGCGGACACAGUGUUAGAAAAUAGAGGCUUUUCAUCAGCGUAUUGUUGGACUUUACGAUAAAUGCGAGCAAAUCA